UCUCUCUAUAACCUCGGAGUUUGAACCGCCUCUGUCUGAGAGAGAGCUGAGAGUUUAGUCUGCGUGUUAUGUUGCUCCGGGUCGGAGGAUGAACACAGCUCAAUCUCUGAUCAGCUGAUUCUUCUCCCAGAGGAUCUUAGAGUAGUUUAUAAUGUUGUUGGCGGCAUGCGGAGCAGGGACGGAUAUGGUUCGAACCACAUCUGGGUAGGAUAAACACCCUUACCUUCAAACAAUGGUCGCGCACUCUUGAGUAUGGAAAAGCCUGGGCUAGGAGAAGGAGGAGGAGGAGGAGGAAGAGGAGGGUCAGGGGGCGGGAGCGGCGGGAACAGCGGCGUCCUCCAAACCUUUAUUAUAUUAGUGUGUAUAAGCCUGUACUGGAACUCUCUACAGUGUGGGUUUGUGUUUGAUGAUAUGAGUGCGAUAAGAGACAAUAGGGACCUGAGACCUCAUGUUCCAAUCCAGAACAUAUUCAAGAACGAUUUCUGGGGAACUCCGAUGAACAAGGAGCAAAGUCAUAAAUCCUACAGACCGAUUACUGUUCUCACCUUCAGAUUGAACUAUCUAGUUCAUGAACUGGAUCCACUAGGUUAUCAUCUGGUAAAUAUUCUCCUGCAUGCUGCUGUAACCUUGAUGUAUCAUAGUCUUUGUUCAUCGCUUCUUUCAAGACCUGGAGCAGCUGUUGCUGCUCUUCUCUUCGCUGUUCAUCCUGUUCACACUGAAGCAGUGUCUGGAGUAGUGGGCAGAGCAGAGCUUCUAGCAUCGCUUUUCUUUCUCUCCGCUCUUCUCAAGUACAAGGAUCUAUCCUGGAGAAGAACUGUUGAAUGGAAAGGAUUGAUGUGGAUUUCUCUCCUGGUUACACUGUCAAUGAUGUGUAAGGAGCAAGGAAUUACUGUGAUAGCGCUCUGCGCACUUCACGAGGUUUUCGUGGAGCAGAAACUGUCUCACACAGAUCUUGUUGUGUUUAGUCAAAUCUUUGCUGGGGGUAAAGUUGGACUUCCUCCCUGGGUUAAACUCUCUGCUCAGAGACUAUCAAUUCUUGUUCUAGCCGGAAUCUGUCUUAUGAUCGGACGUCUAAAGAUAAUGGGCUCUCAGCUUCCAGUUUUCACCAAGUUUGACAAUCCUGCUGCGGUUGCAGAAACUCCAACCCGUCAGCUGACACACAACUACUUGCUUACGGUCAACUCCUGGUUACUCUUAGCCCCUGCUGAUCUCUGUUGUGAUUGGACAAUGAACACAGUACCACUAGUGACAUCUGUUAGUGAUCCCAGAAACCUUGCCACAAUUUUACUUUACGCUCUACUAGCACAUCUAGCUUACAAAGGGUUCAGUUGCAACCCAACCCACGAAGCGUCUGUGAUAUUAACUGGAUUGGGACUCCUUGUUUUACCCUUUAUCCCUGCUUCAAACCUAUUCUUUCCAGUAGGGUUUGUUGUAGCCGAGAGAGUAUUGUACCUGCCCUCGAUGGGGUUCUGUCUACUCGUGGCCUUUGGGUGUGAUAAAAUAUUUCGUAAAGGUGGAGUAUGUCGAUAUCUAGUCUUAGCUGGACUAGCUCUCACCCUGGCUACUCACUCCUGUAAAACUAUAAUGAGGAAUGAGGAGUGGAAGGACGAGUAUGCUCUGUUUAAAUCAGGACUUAGAGUAAAUGCUGGGAACGCUAAGCUCUUCAACAACGUGGGACAUGCUCUAGAAUCCAAGGGACGAUACGAGGAGGCUCUGAACUAUUUUCACGCAGCUGUAAACGUCCAGCCGGACGAUAUUGGUGCACAUAUUAACGUCGGACGAACCUACAAUCACAUGGCGAGGUUCAAUGAAGCUGAGGAAGCGUAUUUAAAAGCUAAAUCCUUGUUACCAAAACCUAAACCCGGAGAAUCGUAUCAAGCACGUGUAGCGCCGAAUCAUUUAAAUGUAUUUUUAAGUCUUGCAACCUUGAUUUCUAAGAACGGAUCAAGGCUUGAAGAAGCUGACCUGCUUUACAGGCAAGCAAUAUCUAUGAGAUCAGAUUACACUCAGGCCUACAUAAACAGAGGAGAUAUUCUUCUUAAACUAAACCGAACCAAGGAAGCCCAGGAGGUGUAUGAAAGAGCAUUGUUCUAUGAUAACACAAAUCCUGAUAUAUACUACAACCUUGGUGUAGUUCUCAUAGAGCAGGGAAGACACGGACAGGCUCUAGCAUAUCUCAACAAGGCUUUAGAGUUUGAUCCUGAUCAUAGCCAGGCUCUUCUCAACUCCGCCAUGUUAAUCCAGGAGAGUGGUAGCUCCCAGCUCCGACAACUAGCCGUCGAUAGAUUAAACAAGAUAGUGGAGAAAGGGCAGGUCAACGAGAGAGUUUACUUUAAUCUUGGAAUGCUUUCAAUGGACGGAGGAAACCUGGAAACCUCCGAGUACUGGUUUAGAAAAGCGAUAGAGUUGAAGAAUGAUUUUAGAAGCGCUUUGUUCAACCUUGCUCUUCUUCUAUCAGAUUCUGACCGACCUCUAGAGGCGGCUCCAUUCCUUCAUCAACUUAUUAAACAUCACCCCAACCACACUAAAGGUUUGAUUCUCCUCGGAGAUAUUUAUAUAAACCAUCUGAGGGAUCUAGACGCUGCUGAGGGUUGCUACAGGAAGAUCUUAGCAGUGGACCCGGAGAACGUGCAAGGGUUACACAACCUUUGUGUCGUUAUGGUUGAGCGCGGUCAGCUGGGAAAGGCUAGAACCUGUUUACAGAAAGCGCACAAUUUAGCGCCUCAGGAGGAUUAUAUUAGGAAACAUCUUGAUAUUGUGGAACUAAAAAUCAUUGAAACUAACAAGGAGACGGAGAAAUGAGUUUUACAUCAAAAUUAAACUAAAUAUCGAUUUGUUGGAUUUGUGUUCUGUAACAUUGUUUCUAAAUCCGAGGGAUAUCAUGAGUAGCGUCCAACAGAUGGCAGAACCAGACAACUCCGUAGGGAGGGAAAAACUGUUCUCUGGGGAAUAGUAUUGCAGUGCUAUUGGAAAAUACUCCGAAACAAGUUGAACCGGAGUCUGUAUGAGUGUUUAAGGAUAUGAGGUGAGGCAGGAGAAAGAAGAAAAUAUUCAACUUCAGUUCCGUGGUUUAAACAACUUGUAUAGGAUAAAACAACUCUCUUGGUAAUCAUUUGAACUCAACUUUGAUUAGAAAUUUAAUCAUUUUUCCGAACCUGAGUUAAAGAACCAAGAACAUUCUCAGAAAAAAUCUCUAAAUCACACUUAAACCCUCUUCUACCACAAUUCUAAUUGUAUACUCUGAUUGUACUGUGUCCUAUUGUUGUACUUCACCGUAUUGUACACCUAUCCUUCAAGUCUCCUUCCUAUCUUUCAAAUUCCUUCCUAUCCUUCAAAUCUAUCUUAUUCUUCAAAUCUCCUUCAUAUUCUUUUAAUCUUAUUCCUAUCCUUCAAAUCUCCUUCUUAUUCUUAAUAUCUCUUUAAAUCUUAUUCCUAUCCUUCAAACCUCCACCUAAUCCAUCAAAUCUCUUCCUAUCUUUCAAAUCUCCUUCCUAUUCUUCAAAUCUUCUUCCUAUUCUUCAAAUCUUCUUCCUAUUCUUCAAAUCUCCUCCCUAUUCUUUAAAUAUCCUUCCUAUUCUUCAAAUCUCCUUCCUAUUCUUCAAAUAUCCUUCCUAUUCUUCAAAUAUCUUUCCUAUUCUUUAAAUCCCCUUCCUACUCCUUCCUAUCCAUCAAAUCUUCUUUCUAACCUUUAAAACUUCUUCCUGUCCAUCAAAACUUCUAUUUUAUCCUUCAAAAGUUCUCUUCAAACACCCCCAAGUGUCUCUAUGUUGUAUACAAUGUAUAUGAUCACUGCCUUCAUGGUAUAAAGCAGGAACAUGUUUAUAUUUAAAGAAUAACAUAGCCUCAGUAUUUCUUGAUGGAUCAUAUUCUUUUAAAUCUCAGAACCUUCCUUAUAUCUUGGUAGGUUCUGUUUAUUUAACAAAUUGAUACCUUCAGGUAGAAGAUGGCGAUGUUCUAUGAAUAUAAUUUUAAAAGAAUGUUUUAAUACCGUGAAGGAUUUACUAUUUGUAUGCCAUGCAAAUAUCAUUGUUGUAAUAAUUAUUCAAUUUGGAAGGAAUAAUCAAGUUGGACUUCACACAUUUGAAAGCCAGUUCUUGAAAUAUUGUUAGAUGAAUACCGAUCCCCCCUCUUCCUUGGGUUGUAUGGCAUAGGAACAGUAUUUUUAUAGACUAUGGUUUCUGGUUCUAGGCAUUAUGGCUCCAGGUAUAGAAUCCAGUAAGGAUCCUUGAUAGGAUCAUUCGAAUAAUUUUUUGACACGAUCAAUGCAAAACAAAUUAGAAUGUUCAGCUCUAGUAAGGAACAAAAUUAAAACUGGAUAUUUUGAAGAGAAAUCAUUUAUGUAUGUGCCAUCACUGAGUUAUCAUUGAAUUUGAAAUUAAUUAUUUUUUCUUAAGAAAACAAUCCACAGAUUGAACUUAAAUCAAUCAAUCAAUGCAAUCUAUUAGUCAGAAAUCUAACUAAACUGGUUGAACAAAUUUAUUCAAAAACAUAUCUUUAUCUGAUUAUUUGUUUAAUAUAAUUGUAUAAUGUAAAAUGUAAAAUGUGCUCUUUAAAUCUUUAAAUCUAUCUUUCUUACUUAUUAAAGAUCAAGUUUUUGAUGUGUUGUCAGCUUUAAUUUCAAACUCAACGUUUAUUUUUUACAUCGUUAAAUCUUUAAACCCUUUUCUAUACUGCGAUCUAACCGUCCGACCAUUAUUAUUAUUAUUAUUGUUAAAUUUGCUCACUGCUUAGUUCCCAAUGCAAAGAACACGAGUGAACACGUGUCAUUUCUUCUGAUAGAUUUAUAAAUAUAUAUAAUUAUUAUAAACUGUUAAAUCAAUGCAUUCCAGAGCUUUUAUCCAAAUUUCUUAUUUUUUAAUCAACCAAGAAAUUAAUUUGACCAUCUUAUAAUUUUGAAUCCCUCUGCUGUGUCAAUUGUUCCUGCAUUUUAAACAUUUAUUGUUUUCCAGUUUUGUACGACUAGUAAUGGCAUUCUCACUUACACAUAAUGCUAAUUUUUUUCUUUUUAAAGCCAUAUACUAGUCAUAUAACACUUACAUCUACUUAUGUGUGUACACAAUUGUAAACCGUUGUACUAACUGUACUGUAAAGUGUAAUGCAGUUUAAACCCCGUGUUUGUAUAUGUACGUCUUGAAUCAUGAAUGUUCUAAACGUAUUUCUGUUCUAUAUCUACACGCUUACAGUGAUCAUAAAUAAAUAUGUGAUAAAAAUA